UCUAAGUGUUUGUUUGUUUGCUAGAUGACCCUGAGAUAGAAGCACAACAGGUGGUGAAUGGACAAGCUCUGCUGAGAUUUGUCUUUCCUCCUUUCUACAAUGGUUAUGAGAAGUUCUGUUCUAAACUGUAUCCUGGGGGAUUUCCUGUUGUGAAUACCAGAGGAUAUGUCAACGACUUCUACAAGGGAAGAGUAUACGCAACAGAAUACAACGGUGUGAUGGACGUUAUGAUGUGGAAUUUAAAGCCAGUGGACGCUGGUGACUACAGGUGUGCUGUUGUCACCUUUGGGGUGAAUCAUAUCUACACUGACUAUAACCUCCAGAUUGGUAAGAACCAUCAUAAACAAAUCAAACUAAAUCUUAUAUAAAGUUUCCUCUGGGGGGAAAAAUAAAGUUAUUCUGUUCUAUUCUAGGAACUGUGAUAUUAGAAACUGGAAUACAUAUACUGUAUGUUAUCCGAUCAGUGUUGACUCCAAGGAAAUCUGUGCAGGAUGAGGAAGUCAACUUGUAAAAUAACUGUGUUGAAAUGAGUGCUUAUUAAACUCAGUCUCUGUUUAGAUAGUGGUCGAAGUAGCGGUCCUGUACCCCCUCGACCUCCUGUCAGGUCAACUAUCAGACCCUCCAUCUCAUCAUCCUCCUACUCAGACACCUCUGGGCCUGUUUUCUCCAAGGACCACAGUGACAGCCCCAGGUGCAAUCUCUCUCUCACACACACAUACUGGUUAAUUAUUCCUCGCAGUUGAUAAUGUUAUAUUUCAGGGAGCGUUGUAAUGCUUAUGUCAAUAUUUUGUCAUGUUUGUCCUAUUCACCUGUUAGUGUUCCCUGGAGCUUUGGUUUACCACUGGCUGCAGGACUCUUCAUCGUUAUGGUGAUUAUCAGCUCAGUAAUCGUUGUUGUGGUUCAUCACAAAAUCAUCACAAAAAGUAAGAGGACACAUUUUCAGUGUUCCAUACAUUAAUUGCUGUUCAUGUUAAAUCAUUUUUCAAAUGCGUAGGCUAUGACCUUUAGCCAGUAAGGUGCAAUGAUUUUUGAAAAUUGUUUCACUGUGACUGUUCUUUGUUAAAUUGAUGUAAUUGUAUUUUUCUUCACAGAGAAAUGUGGAGCAACUUCCAGUGACUCAGCGGCCCACAUCCUCUCAGUAAGUGCUAAAGUUGGACGUUGUCUCUGUGACUCUGUGUCAAAUGUAUUUUGUCCCAGAAAACAACAACAACAACAAAUAAUAAUAUUUGUGUUUGAGCUUGACGUUCCCAUUAUGUCUUUUCCCUGUUGAUGUCUUCUGCAGCGUGCCCCAUAAUGAACAGUUUAUAAACUACUUAUAAAUAUGUAUGGCUACUUAUGAAGUAUACCUAAAAGGCCCAAUGCGGCCGUUUUUAUCUCAAUAUCAAAUCGUUUCUGGGCAACAAUUGUAGUAUCUUUUUAUUUUUAGGGGGUAGAUCAGCUUUAAUAUUGCAGCUAGAUUGUAACUUCCAUCAAUGUAAUUGUCUGCAUCACUUCCAAUCCCCCAUUGUUUUUUUUUUAUAUAUACAUACAUAUACACAUACAUAUAUAUACAUAUCCUUUUUUGAAAUAUAUUCCCCUUUAUUACUUUCCAACCCCACCACAAUUAAGUACCUUACUGUAAUAGGUUUCCAUUAAAUUGUGCAAAAAUAGCUUUUUAGCAACAAAACUAUUUCUCAAACAAGAAUUUUGCUAAGACUUUCUGUGAGUGGUCUGAGUGGGGAGGGGAAAUCAAAUACUAGCUGUUAUUGGCAGAGCGGUUUGGAACUCUCUUUUAUUGGUCUAUUAAUCAAGUUACCGCGUGUUUAUGUCACCAUGGAAAGCCGACACGCCCGCCCAUGCAAACCUGCUGAUUAGGUCCUGUUCUGUGUAGAUUGUACUUUCAACCAGCAACUAUCAGGAAAUAGCACUGAUCAAAUCUGUUUCCACUUUUACAGUGUUAGUUUCAUCAGCUGUUGUACAAUAUGAAAACACAUGAAAAACUGAAUUUUAAAUGCGCUGGGCCUCUUUUUAAUGUAAAGUGUUACCAAAUAAUAUGUAAUAUGUAUGUCUCCGGCAGGAUGUCCCUCAGGAGGAGAGCAGUGUCGUCUACACCACAGUGGACUUCAAGCCUCAUGAGAACCGUACCACAGAGCUGUAUGCUAACCUACAGACACUCCGCAGCCCCAGAGGUCAUGACCCCGACCCACACAGAGAGCCUGCUGGGACGGUGGUCUACUCCACACUGGCUAGCAACCGACGC